AUGGCCGAAGCUGAGGUGCGCCUGUCUAACGUGGAAGACGGGCAGGUCGACUUGAAAGCGGAGGUCGAGAGUUUACAGAAAAGAAACAAACAUCUUGAGGACAAAGUGGUCGACAUGGAAACAAGAUCGCGUUUGAACAAUCUUAGGCUGGUGGGUCUCCCUGAAAAUUGUGAGGGCUCCGACAUGUGCGGGGUUUUGGAGAGCUGGUUGCCAGACGCGUUGGAGUUAAACCCAAUGUGUCACCCUUUAGUCCUGGAAAGGGCUCACCGCGUUGGGCCAAAGAGAGACACCGAUGCCUCGCCGAGAACGGGGGAGAAGCCCGAUGAAGAUGAAUUUACUGUGUUGCAGGAACAGUCAUCUGCGUCAGACAGCUCAGUGAUGAGCUCCUCUCCCCAGCGCAUUCAGAUCAUCUACACUGACCCCUCUGCCAUAACCCCCCAGAGAAUACAGAUAGUCACUGAACAGCAGACGGGUCAGAGAAUCCAGAUAGUGACGGCACUGGACUCCACUGUGCCCAAACAGCAGUUUAUCCUGGCAGCACCUGGUGGCUCUUCAGCAGGUAAAGUCCUCCUGGCAGCACCUGAGGAUACUAGUGCCAAACAGCUGAUCUUUGCCACUGCUGACAGCCUGGUGCCUGGACGAAUUCAGUUUGUAACAGAUGCAUUGUCAGUGGAGAGGCUUCUGGGUAAAGGGGCAGACAUGAGCCGAUCCCAGCUUAUAGAAUACUGUGCGGUGUGUGGAGAUAAAGCCUCAGGACAUCAUUAUGGAGGCCUUAUGGGCGAAGGGUGUAAGGGCUUCUUCAAGCGAAGUGUGCGCAAGAGUCUGACAUACAGCUGCCACAGUAACCAGGACUGUGUGGUCAACAAUCACCUUCGCAACCGCUGCCAGUUCUGUCGUCUCAGGAAGUGUUUGGAGAUGGGCAUGAAGUCUGUACAGAGUGAGAGGAAACCCAUUGAUCUUCCUAGAGAAAAAUCUGCCAACAGUGCAGCAUCCACAGAGAAAAUCUACAUCAGGGAAGACCUGCAAAGUCCCCUCAUCGCAACACCAACCUUCAUCUCUGAGAAAGACGCCUCACGGUCCAGGCUGUUGGACCCUGGGAUGCUUGUCAAUAUCCAACCUUUAACACAAGCUGAUGGCACAUUACUAUUAGCAACAGACAAAAUGUUAUUUGUUCAUCAUGUAGUGUCAGGACAAGGUGAACUGGGGACGCUGGCUAAUGUGGUUACAUCGUUAGCAAACCUGAACGAUCCAGUUAGUAACAGAGAGAUGACAGACAGCCAGCCGGAGGAAUCACCCAUUGAAAUCACACGCCCCAGUGAGGUGGCGGAGGGCCAGAGCUUGUCAGAGGUGGAUGGGGUGGGUGGAGCUACAAUACAGGAGAUCAGCAGGGAUCGAAUCUCACCACUCACAGAAGUCGAGGGACCUCUGCUUACAGACACACACAUCAGCUUUAAGGUGUGUACAUGA